GAAUCUUCACCAACCCCGCCGUAAGGUUAUGUUAUCAAUUAAUAAUGGCGGCUAAGAACACUGAAACUGUCGCCAAAAAAAGAGCAAGGCCUAAGAAAAUCAUUCUUGAUAUAUCAGCAACAUUUUCGCUAUCUGACAUAUUGACUUCGAAAGCUGAGAAGUCUGAAGGAUUGAAAUUUGGGAUUAAUAGUACGUGGGCAAUACGAAGAGUGAGUGAGAGUGAAAGGAAAGCAUCUCCAUCUCCAUCUCCAUCGACGAAAUCGAAAUCGAAAUCGAAAUCGAAAUCGAAAUCGAAAUACGGAACAUCUGCCAUUGUAGCCGCGAUUGCGUCUGCGCCUACUACGACCGAGGACUCAGAAAAGAUUGCCAUACCUGCGAUAUCUACUGCGAUUGUCGCCAUACCCGCUACCACCGAGGGAGAAAGUGACGUGAAAUUUGAGGGGGUCAUAGAUUCAUUGGAUCCGAAUAUGCCGGGAACACCAAGCUCCAGGAAUCGAUCUUCUCUGAUCGCAAACACAAAUACGAUGAUAGCUUCUCCGAUAAUCGCACAGGUGCAGCGUGUCCAAAGCAUACGUUCUGUAUCUACUCAAGAAUCCUCUUCCUCUUCCCCUUCGCCAUCUCAAUCUUCCAAAUCAAGAUCCUCCCAAUCGCAGCCCAAACCCGCUCGAACAGCGGCGAAACCCACGAAAUCCGAGCUCCCCCUCAAAGCUUUAAAUCAAUCUAUAACCUCGCGUCUGACCACGCCUUCGGGCGCCCGCUCUAUGGGUAAAGGAAGGGGAGAAAAACCUCUGCCGGGAAAUUAUCAAAGUGUAGCGAGGAGAGUUACGAUGACGAUUGUGGCCUUGCCCAUACUGUUUGUUACGAGUUGGGUGCUUUGGGAUAGGUUAGUUCUAGGACAGGAGAAAAAAUCACUUCUCCGCGAACCGCCCAUGGUACCUGGACCACCGAUGGCUGCGGAGAUGGAAGCGCGGAAUAACAGGGAAUAAUUGAGUGUGAAUUUAGUGGUGAGUAGAGGAUUCAAUGAGAUGUCUUUACGAUUUAUGAGGGUUGAAUGUGGUGGAUACAUAUAUUGUGAUGAUGGAAGCUCCGUCUCCCAAUGAAAAGUCUGGUUAUUCAUGGAUAGAUGGAUGGAUAAUGGGACAGGAGUUUAUUUUGGACGGAAUGGCAUGAAAAUGGCGAGAAAUAAUAUUUGAUACCCCUUCA